UUUCCAAUUCAACAUAUAAACAUGGCUUACGCAUAUAAAGAUGAUAAGAAGGCUGAAGAACCUCAACCUGUUGAGCGUAUCCGCAUUAUUCUGACCUCACAGAACGUCAAGGCGUUGGAGAAAGUUUGUGAAAAGCUGAUCCACGGUGCUCGUGAAGAACAUUUGGCUGUCAAAGGCCCUAUUCGUAUGCCGACUAAAGUGCUUCGCAUUACUACGCGUAAGACACCGUGUGGAGAAGGUUCCAAGACUUGGGAUCAUUUCCAGAUGCGUAUUCACAAACGUAUAAUAAAUCUUCAUAGUCCAAGUGAUGUUCUCAAGAAAAUUACUGGAAUUCCAAUUGAGCCUGGAGUUGAUGUUGAGGUGACUAUUGCUGAUUCUAAUGCUUGAGAGGGAAGAGGUUUGGAAGUUUUUUUUGAGGGAAAGAAGGGUUUUGAGGAAAAAAGUUAAAGAAAAAAUUGUUGGCGUGACCCA